CUUAUUUUAUGUUGACUCUCUACUAACACAAUAGACAAACUCUCUCUCAUAUUCAUAUGCCGUACGAAGAUAUCAACACGUCUAUUCCAGGACUCCAGCAAAGGAUCUCUGACAUCCACACAGAAAUGAGUGAGCAGGAUGUGACCUACUCAGAGCUGAAAUUUCAUAGUCCUAAUGAACAGCGAAGCAGACAGAUUGCUGAGAAGGCCAAAAAUAAAGAUUCUUCCUCCCUGCCUCCACACCUGCAGCUCAUUUUAGUGAUUCUUGGAAUCUUCUGCCUGGUUUUGUUGGUAACAAUAGGUGUCCUGGCUGCUAAGGUUCUCCAGAAUGAAAACCCCAACAAACAGCAUGAAUUAUUCGAAAACCUCACCCAACUGCAGAAAACUCUGGAAAUCUGCCACCAGCAAAAAGAUGAUCUCCAAGCAAAGAACACACACCUCACACAUAUUGUGAACAUUAAAGUUCUGCAGAACAAAACCCUCAACAAGCAAUGUGAAAUUGUGGACAAUAUCACCCAACUGCAGAAAACACUGGAAAUCUGCCACCAGAAAAGAGAUGAUCUCCAAGCAGAGAACAUAAACCUCACAAAUAUUAUGAACAUGAAAGGCGAUAAAUGCAGACCUUGCCCAGAGAGCUGGAUACAGCAUGGAGAGAAGUGUUACCAUUUUUCUAAGGAAAUGAAAACAUGGCACAAGAGUAAAGAAUACUGCUCUUCUUGGGGAUCCCUACUGCUUAAAAUAGAGAACAAGAAAGAGCUGGGUUUCAUAAAGUCUCACGCCUCAUUUCACUGGAUUGGACUAUCCCGUAUGGCUAUCGGUCAUGGCUGGGUGUGGCAGGAUGGCACAGCACACCCCAGUGACCUUUUUCCAGUAAAGAUACAAGAGCCUGGAGAGAAAUGUGCACUUUUCAAAGCUGGGGAAGCCUUCUCCCAUAACUGUACAGGCCAAUAUCGCUGUAUUUGUGAAAAGAGGGCUACUCGGCAAAAGACUACUGAACUGGCACAAGGAAGAUGACAGUAUUCAUGGCGAUCAUAACCAGGGACCUUCCAAAGGGAAAGAGAAUUCACCCCUUGAGUUUGCAGAGUUGCCAUCUUGAGCUGGGAUACUUCAUCUGUUAGAAGCUGAUCUACUGUUGUUGUUUUGCUGCAUAGCAGGUUAAACAAGUUAACAAAUGUAUUACGUUAUGAAAACUCUUUGUAACACUCCUAGUUACAGUGAAACCCAUUUAAUA